GUUGAGAAAUACAGGCCACAGACCCUAGAUGACUUGAUUUCUCACAAGGACAUAUUAAGCACCAGUAAGUAUGUUUUUGUUUAUCUUUGAAACAGCAGGGAUGGAACUACUGUAGAAAAUCUGACCCUUAUCCAUUCCAGCAACAAUUCAAUUGUAUGGUCAAGUGAAUGUAUUCCAAAUAAGGUUUUCAUGCUCAAAUGAAUUAUAACAUGUUUUGCAUAAGUUCUAUGUAACAGUAUGUCUUAACCAACCCUGGCUUUCUUCAGUCCAGAAGUUUAUCAGUGAGGACAGGCUGCCACAUCUCCUCUUCUAUGGACCUCCAGGCACAGGGAAGACGUCUAGUAUUCUAGCUUGUGCUAAGCAGCUCUACAAGGACAAGGAGUUCAGCGCUAUGGUCCUGGAGGUAAGCUCCAUAACUCAGCAUGUAGAAUUAUUAUUUUUUAAAUGUAAUGCUCAGAACAUUGUACUUGAGGGUUGUCAUGUUUUCCAGUCAGCUAGAUUGAUUCUUAACAUUCGAUGUUAGUGUGGGGAAUACAGAACUGUUCUCGGGUGCAAUCAAGGUUAUGUUCCAAUUUACAGUGCAUUCAGAAAGUAUUCAGACCCCUUGACUUUUUCCAAAUUUUGUUACGUUACAGCCUUAUUCUAAAAUUGAUUAAAUUAAUGUAUUGCCUCAUCAAUCUACAUUUACAUUUACAUCAUUUAGCAGACGCUCUUAUCCAGAGCGACUUAGAAAUUGGUGCAUUGAUCUUAUGAUAGCAAGUGGGACAACCACUUUUUUUUUUAAAUCUUUUUUUUUUUUUUAUGGUGGGGGAUGGGGGGGGUAGAAGGAUUACUUUAUACUAUUCCAGGUAUUCCUUAAAGAGGUAGGGUUUCAAGUGUCUCCGGAAGGUGGUCAGUGACUCCGCUGUCCUGGCGUCGUGGGGGAGCUUGUUCCACCAUUGGGGUGCCAGAGCAGCAAAUAGCUUUGACUGGGCUGAGCGGGAACUGUGCUUCUGUAGAGGUAGUGGAGCUAGCAGGCCAGAGGUGGAUGAACGUAGUGCCCUCGUUUGGGUGUAGGGUCUGAUCAAAGCCUGAAGGUAAGGAGGUGCCAUUCCCCUCACAGCUCCGUAGGCAAGCACCAUGGUCUUGUAGUAGAUGCGAGCCUCAACUGGAAGCCAGUGGAGUGUGCGGAGGAGCGGGGUGACAUGAGAGAACUUGGGAAGGUCGAACACCAGACGGGCUGCGGCGUUCUGGAUAAGUUGUACACACAAUACCCCAUAAUGACAAAGUGAAAACAGGUUUUUAGACAUUUUUGCUAAUUUAUUCAAAAUUAAAAACAGAAAUACCUUAUUUACAUGUAUUCAGACCCUUUGCAAUGAGACUCGAAAUUGAGUUCUGGUGCAUCCUGUUUCCAUUGAUCAUCCUUGAGAUGUUUCUACGACUUGAUUGGAGUCCACCUGUGGUAAAUUCAAUUGAUUGGACAUGAUUUGGAAAGGCACACACCUGUCUAUAUAAGGUCCCACAGGUGACAGUGCAUGUCAGAGCAAAAACCAAGCCAUGAGGUUGAAGGAAUUGUCCGUAGAGCUCAAGAGACAGGAUUGUGUCGAGGCACAGAUCUGUGGAAGGGUACCAAAACAUUUCUGCAGCAUUGAAGGUCCCCAAGAACACAGUGGCCUCCAUCAUUCUUAAGUGGAAAAAGUUUGGAGGGAAACAAACAAUUUAAUCAAUUGUAGAAUAAGGCUGUAACGUAACAAAAUGUGGAAAAAGGCAAGAGGUCUGAAUUCUUUCCAAAUGCACUGUAUGUGUUAUUCUAACAAAUUAUUGCUCUUACAUGUUAAUGCAUUUAUUUUAUUUUAGCUAAAUGCGUCCGACGACCGAGGUAUUGAUGUUGUUCGAGGACCCAUCCUGAGUUUUGCCAGCACCAGGACCAUAUUCAAGUAAGACAAUAAUAAUUAGGGAUGUGAAUCUUUUCCUUUCAAGCACGAUUCGGUACGCAUCUAGAUACAUGGGCUCUGAUACGAUACUUUUAGUUUGAAACGAUUCGGUGAAAUACGGUUUGAUUAGUGGAAGGAAUCGAUGCGAUUCAGUUCAGGAUUCAAAAACCAUUUGAUGCACUAACAUUUGUUGCGUGAACACAUUAAUUUUACAUUCUAUAUUAAAUUCUGAUGCUGAUGGAGCUCACAAGCUGGGCCUUUCUAAACUGGAUGUGUCUGAACUGACUUCUCUGAGCUGAGUGGCAUUCUGUUUGUGUGAGUGAGUGCUGUACAGUAUAUGGUGUGUGUAUGCACCUGAGCUGAGCAAUAGGCCAGACUGAGCAUCUACCACUAUCAGAUUAGGGGGGGCAGGCAGUCUGAAAUCCCCAUCACCCACUGAUUCACUAGUCAUUUUAGCAGAUAUAUUUUUUUUUAGCUAGUAAUAUGUCAAUAUUUGUCUUUAGAAAUUAGCUUUGACUUAGCCAAUUAAUAUAACACAGAUAUUUAUCUGUGAUGAAGUCUGAUUGGCCAAGCUUCAGAUCAAUCACUCCCACUUGAGUCCAGGUGUGAAAGGUGUGGUUUAGUUAGGUUCUGUUCGUAACGUAUUAUGGCUAUAACUGUCUGUGCUUUCUUUGUGCAGUCACAAAACCUAUUUCAAUGUUCAUGUAAUUUCCUUGUGGUUCCGUACAUACCGAAAUUGACAUGCUAAUAACUUCAAAUUCAUGAAUGCUCGAAAAUAUCUGAAAUUCAUUACACAAAGUGAGAGACAUAGCAUAAGUACACAAUUAUUCAUUUGUUAUGCUGGAUAUCAGAAAUAAUCUUUGGCACUCUGUGUGUCCUUUGGAAAAAAUACAAUUUACGUUUUUUUGUGUCUUUUCACUGUAGCAGUCCGGUCCCUUGGUAUCACCCAGGGCCUACACUCUGCAACCUCUCUUUGUCGUGCAAACGUAAAGGACCUCCCAUUGAUUGGGAACCGUUUGGGGCAGUCUCCACCGAGGAUCAUUCCUUUGACAUUCAAACUGUGGCCAUUUGACAGCAGGGUUCUUUCUUAGCUGGGUGUCUUCCUGGAUGAAGUGAAGCCAUUGAAGAAGAAUGGGGAUAUUUCUCCCCCAUGGAGAGAUGUCUCCUUCUGUGACUUGAGGAGUUUUAUUGUCAUACACUGGAUAGGUUUAGUGAAAUGUGUUGUUUUACAGGGUCAGCCAUAGUAGUAGGGGGGCCAUGGAGCAAAUUAGGGUUAAGUGCCUUGCUCAAGGGCACAUCAACAGAUUUUUCACCUUGUUGGCUCGGGUAUUCGAACCAGCAACCUUUCGGUUACUGGCCUAACGCUCUAACCACUACGCUACCUGUUGCCCUAGUCGAUGCCUCAAUCCUGUGUUGAUUGUAGAUUUGAGAUGUUGAUUGGAAGAAGGAGGUAUCCUUCCUAGUCAGACGGUGUGGACAAGGUCAGUGGGGGGGCGACUCCGCUCUAACGCCUCGAUCAGAUCGACAGUGUCAUUGCGUUUUUGUACACCAGCUUUGGAUUUCGUCCCCUUCUCAAAAGUGAAGGGUUUGGAACUUUAUGGAGGAGAGCUGUUCUUCUCCUGCUCCAACCGAGUGCGGCUUGCAAAAAUGAUUGUUGUCCUGCUUGUGAAAUUACAACUUAAUCCUGUUCAUGUACAAAUUACCAAUGCACUAUUUAAAGCAAAACUACCAAAGCUAUUUGUUAUGGUGAACAUGCCAAUCGAAAAGCCCCAAUCAGUUAGAUGUGAGUUGUGUCCACUCCGGUAGCCUAGCCUACACAACUCCACCAGUAAAACACAUUCACCACAUUUUCUACAGCGCAUUUGGUAACAAUGACCCAGCAAAUUACAUUGGUUGUCACCCAACUAAUAAAGCCUAUGAUUUGACAUUGCGAAAGCCAUUUUACAACCAUUUGAAUGCGGAAGGUGCUGCAUAGAUGUACAAAUAUUAGAUCAGGGAUAGGCCUACCUCUUGUUGGCAUGCACAGCUGUUAUCUGACUUUUAGAUCAAUGACUGUCAUACACAUUUACAUGCUUAGUUCAAUAUUGGCUACUUGGUGUGAUGACGCAUAAAUUCAGUCACAAAAUAUUAGAGGUAUUUUCAGAGGGGGGGAAUAAAAUGAAAUGAGUAAAAAAAAUUAGUGAUGACUCAUGCAACAUUUGGAUCGGUUUUGGCUCCCGCGGACCGACACACUCCUAUCUUAAACAUUUGUACAGGAUACCAAACCGUAUCGGUAAAUUGUUACAAUCCCUAAUAAUAAUACUUCAAAAUGUUAUUUUCCUUUUAGAGAAGUAGGUCUCUUAGUUACCAUAUCGCAAUCAGUUUUCCAGUCAGCAAGGACAAGGGAACACACUAGAUUAUUGAAAGUCCCGUAUCGUACACAGACAACCCUUACUUCAAUUCACAAAAUGUGUGUUUAUUUUUUGUUUAUUUAUUUUCUGUCUUUUGUCUUCCAGGAAGGGUUUCAAGUUGGUGAUACUGGACGAGGCUGAUGCUAUGACCCGGGAUGCCCAGAAUGCAUUGCGACGAGGUAACCAUCUGUUUUGAGGUGCUCACCUGCUGUGUACCAACUGGCCAAAUGAGCUGCCUGCCAGCUAACCAGUCAUUUGCAGUCAUUCUCACUGAUUAAAAGAUGUGCUUACUGUAACAUGGGAUGUGAGACGACAACCAAAAUGUUGAAUGCUGUAUAUUACCCCGUUAUUACUGCUAAUUAUUUACAAUAUUAAUGUGCUGCAAUUGCUUGUAAUAGAUCCCACUGAUUUAACAGCAGGUUAGAUUUUAGAUUUUUAUGAGGUUAUGUCCGCUGAUCUUGAAAUCACUGACAUCCAUUUCUCCCUUCCUCUUUCUCCUCUCUCUUCCUCUCCUACAGUCAUUGAGAAGUACACAGAGAACACGCGGUUCUGUCUGAUCUGUAACUACCUGUCUAAGAUCAUCCCGGCCCUGCAGUCCAGAUGCACCAGGUUCCGCUUCGGACCCCUGUCUCAGGACCAGAUGAUUCCCAGGCUGGAGUAUGUUAUCGAACGGGAGAGGUGAGAUGGUCUGGAGAGGCCCAAGGAUGUCUUAGGGGGGGGGCUUUUAGCGUCCCAAAAAAAUGCUGUGUGCUGGGUUUUAUUCUUGCCUUUUAAUCAGAGGCUUAUGUCUGAUCUUGUCCCUGCAGCACUGAUGUAACUCCAGAUGGAAUGAAAGCUAUUGUGACCCUAUCAUCAGGAGACAUGAGAAGAUCACUCAACAUACUGCAGGUACAGAAAAACGUAUUACCAGUGUGUAGCUAAAUGUAGUCAAUUGCAUCACAGUGUUCAGUUUUUAUUGCUGAUCAAAAUGUAUUCAUGUAUUAACUAGUGAUGGUCACCGAUAUGGAACAUUUAUAUCAGUAGCAUUUUUCGAUUUCAUAUUGAUAUAUCAGUUUGUAAAAAAAUACAUUGCAACUGUGUGAAUGUUCACUUUUCUGUAAAGUCUAGACAUCUGCUUGUGGAUUGCCCAUUGGGACAGGUGUAAAUGUUCUGGUAGCAUAAACCUAUCUAACCAGUUUGAAUACAAUGGAAAGCCCACAGUUGAGGCCCAUCAGCAGGCAAUUAAAUAUGCUGAGUCAAGAGCCUGCCCUGUGAGAAGGUCUGUGAGAGGGUUUUGUGCAUACAGGAACAGUCAUGUAUACUUUUUUACAGAACAGUGUAGGUUAAAGCUAGAAUCCUUAAUUUAAAAAAUAACAAAGUGAGUCCCCGCCUCUGUUUUGGUAAAAAGCUGAGGGAUGGGCCUGGAGAAAUGUAAAAACUCUCUAAUUCAUAGACAGAGCUGCCUACGGGUGCAAGGACUAACCAUCCAUGAUAUCAAAAUGAGAGCUUUCAUCAUGUUUUGAGGCUAUACAGUUUUUAUUUACAUUGUUUACAAACAUUGGAGUAAAACAAGCUGAUAUUUUGGGUUCUGAUGGGGUAUGAUAGUUGAACUAAGCUCAUGAGGUAUUUAUAAGUUAUAUUCUUCAAGAAUCAAUGGGUAUAUAUAUAUAAUUCAUUUAUAAGUCCAAAAAGGGAUGUAGCAACUAAGGAUUCUAGCUUUAAAGACAUCCUCCAUAGAUUUUUUUAAAUGUUCCUGUUGAAAAGCGAUAUCCUACGUAAUGUACUCACUUAAGGGUAAAACAAUAUGUUUUGCGCAAAAUAGUUUUUUUUUUUUUAGACGGAACUGUAAACUUUAAGGAGUAGGGCAUUCAAGGAGUUGGUCCGGUGUGAUGUCAUCGGCCUCCCCCCUUGCUUGAGGAACAAUAGAGAACAAGAGAGGAAAGGCCCACCCACUGGUGCAGGUCAUACCUGGACCACCUAUUGAGAUGUACCUUUUGUUAAGUAAAUCGGGUGUUAAAUGAGGUCAAAAGGAGACUGGAGUUGGACCUCCAGUAUCCUUUUUCACAGGAAGAAUAAACUGAAAUCACAAUAUGCCUUUCUCUUAUUGAUAUCAAACAAUAUCAAUAUCAACUCGAAUUAUCAAUAUUGGUGCCCACCGCUAGUAUUAGCCAUGUAAUAAAGAUAUAGUGUACUAGCUCCUUAAAGUGGAUUUAUUUUUGUUAUAUUUUAUGACUGACUGAUUCCUUACCCAUGUAUUUCUCAGAGCACCAGCAUGGCAUAUGGGAAGGUGACAGAGGAUAAUGUGUACACCUGCACUGGUCAUCCACUACGAUCAGACAUAGCCAACAUUCUGGACUGGUCCCUAAACAAGGACUUCACCUCUGCUUACAACCGUAUCCUUUAUUCUCUUUUACAACCAUAUUUAUUACGACAAUUUAUGUUUAGCUUACUCUCUUCAAUAGAACAUGCUUGUUUUUCCCCACAAUGGGUAUAUAUUUUUUUUCAAUAAGCAGCUCUUUCAAAUAACAAUAUCUCCAAUGCAUGGUAUAUCUACGUUCUGUAGCGCAGUAUCUAGAAAUAGCAAAAUGUCCAUCUGAGAAUACAAUCUCCAAUGCGUAAUAUCUCCAUUUAGCAUAUUAUCUCCAAUAUGUGGUAUCUCCACAUAGUGUCACAUCUCAGUAUAGCGUAGUAUCUCUCGUCCCCUCUAUUGAAGAUAAUUGAUAGAGGUUCAGGUAAGGGGCACAGUAUUGACAUUUUACAUUUUAGUCAUUUAGCAGACGCUCUUAUCCAGAGCGACUUACAGGAGCAAUUAGGGUUAAGUGCCUUGCUCAAGGGCACAUCGACAGAUUUUUCACCUAGUCGGCUCGGGGAUUAGAACCAGCGACCUUUCGGGUACUGGCACAACGCUCUUAACCACUAAGCUACCUGCCGCCAUGUGUGCUUCACAUCAUGGAGGUGAUGUGAGGACACCUUGUACCCGGUUGCUUCAACCUCUUCUAGGAAAUGGCUCUGAAUACCUUGCUGUGUUCUAGUAUUCAGGGCUGUUAUUAGGUCGGUAUAGAAAGUCUAUUUCAGUGAUGUAGCCUGUGAAUAGAGGAUCAUGUCAGAAAAGCACAAAUUAAUAAGGAAGAAUCGCACUCCUGUAUGUGAUCAGCACAACAUAGAACAUCGGAAUUUUGGCUAGGUGGUGAUAUGUCCGUUUCUGUUAUGUAUGGAUAUGUAGAGGAUAAUGUCAGAAAAGCUUGAAUUCCUGGAAUUAUACUAAAGGAUAAAUCCCAUCCUUGAUAUUGAGAGAUGUUCCUUAGCUUCUGUUCCAUAGUGAUUCUUCAGCUGAAGACCCUGAAAGGCCUAGCCCUGCAUGACAUCCUGACUGAAGUCCAUCUACUCAUACAC